CGGCGCGGCGCGGUCACUUGGUCGUCAACAACAAAAAAAAGACAGAAAACAACUGCGAAACGACCGUGAUUUAUCUUAAAAAAUGAUCACAGUGUUGUCUUUAGUGCCGCGAAGAAAUCUAAAUACGUUUUCGUCAUAAACCUGUGUGUGGAUUGAAACAAAGACACGAAGAUGCUCAAAUUAAACACAUCUGGUGGCAAACUUGACAUAGUUUUCAGUGAUGAAAAACCUUUUCAGCCAGGCAGGAGAAAUGAUCACCAAAAGGGAUCUAACAGGGAUCAAACAGUGUCAAGAGCCUCCCAUGGGAAGAAAACUAGCUUAUCAACUAAACCACCACGGACAAAUCCAGGGGUCAAAGGCAGAGAGAGUAAACUAGGGGGAGUAGGAGUCAAGGCUAGACCCUCAAGAAAGGAAACACAAACUCCCAGACAGGGCAAGAAGAUAACUGCCCCUAAACGACAAAAACCUACUGGUCAUGAAGCCUACCAGGAAUCAAGACCAGAGAAUGAUGUCAGAAGUCAAGACGCAGGGAUCGUAACACAUGAUCAACUAUUGAGUAUUCUCAAGCUUAUUAAAAGUGAGGACUCAAACCAUCCUGGAGGAAUGACCAGAGAGCAGUUAGCCAAGGUUGUGAAUUCCAUAAGUCCUCGUAAGCAGAAUGGUUCCUCCAACGAAAAUGGCAAAGGAGAAGUUGAAUUUUUACAGAGGGCUUCAAAUGUAACAAGACAGAUAAAUAAGGUUGAAGAAACUGCUGCACCAGACAAAAAUGCUCAAUGGAAGGAAGAGCUUGAUAAGCAAGUAGCCUCAGCGAAGCAAAAGAAGGAACAAGAGAAGCAAAAGGAUCAGUUUAAGGAGUACAACCCAUGGGGCCGCCCUGGGGCAGGUGCGCCCAUCAGAACACAAUCUGGGAACGUGUUGGCAGAUUACCACAGAAUGUCCAAGGGUCAGAUGCCAAACUCAUCUGGCGUGAACACAUCUCCUGUUGCUACCCUUAGUCACAGAGGGACUGUGCCCACACCUGCUGUCACCAUGGCAACCAGCACUAGUAAUGCCGAGACCACUCUGCCAUCAGCCCUUAGAAGCUCCUUUGCAGUGGGGGCCCCAGGACUGGUGUCACUUGACACUCAACUGAGUAAAGCAGAGCAGCACAGGAUCUGGAGGGCGGAACUUGAAAAACAAAUAGCAGAAAAAAAGGAAAGAGAGCAGCAGCAGAAACUUCAGGAACAGAAGCAGGAGCUUUCAAACAUCACAUGGGCUCAGCAACUAGAACAGUACCAGUCUCCCCCUAAAGUCUCUCCGCCUCGACACCAGACUGAGGCCAGUAAUACACAGCAAGUGCAGCACCAAACUUUCAAUACCAGCUCCCAGGCUCCUGCAGGCCCACCACAGGUGCCCCAGCAAGGCGGGCCAUUAUCUCCUGGGGACAUGUCUGCAAAUGUGCCCUUGGAUGGAAGCAUCAAUAAUAAGUCUCAUGCACGAGGCUUUGGUUUCCACUCAAUGGACCCGCAGGCCCAAGAGGAUAUGAGCAGAAAACACCAGAAAGUGCUGGAACAUCAGCGCGCCAUUCAGGAGCAAGUGGAAGAGAAGCGCCGGCUGAAGCAGGAGGAGAAGGCACGGCGCAUGCGCGAGGAAGCUCUUGAGGAGGCUCGUCUGAAGGCGGAGAGAGAUAACCUCAACCGUCAAUUUGAGCAGGAGCUCAAGCGAAAGCAGCAACAAGAGGAGGAGGCCAAGCGUCGUAGCGAGGCGUUACAGCAGAGUGUCCUUGACGCGUACCAAUCGGCCCAACAGGAAAAAUCCGAGAAGCGGAGGAAACAUGUAGAAGCCGCUGGUCAUGACACGUCCGGUUUGAAGGCUCGUGCUGGGGCUCCGUCAAGAUCGUACGUCGUAUCACAAGCCACGGCGUUUAACGAGAGGCCCGUCGGGCCAGCUGGCGGAACAACAGCGGGUGUGGGGACACAUGGCAGAGCCAGCGUCGCCCCAAAUACUUCCCCAAGGACUCAACCGUCCAGUACGCACAUGCCAGCGGUCUGCGAAUAUGAUUACCUGUCUAGCGCCCGCGUGCCACCUGGCAGCGGGUAUGAUAAUCAAUCAAGCGCCCGCGUGCCAGCGGUCAGCGGGUAUGACAAUGACACUAGCCCCCGCGUACCGAUGACCAGCAGCUACGAUAAUCACACGAAUGCGCGGUACAUACCUGAGGAAACUGUGGUACCGCCGCUGGAUCUAAGGCGCGCGGACUCACCGCCUAUUCCUACGCUUCGUAACAAAUCCAACAGCAAGCAACAGACGGCUCGGUCCAAGUCUCCGACGUCUCACCGUAGUCGGGGCGUCAAGUCGCCUGUUUCUAAUCGCAGAGGUAACAUCAGUCGAACUAUGACAUCUCAGUCAGAACCAUACGAAGGACGCAAGUUACCCACGUCUCGCUUGACGAAUAGAAAUAAAAGUCGUGCGAAAACACCCCCUGGGGGAACCGCAAACACACGCGAGGUACCUGAAGAGCGGGCCCCUCCCUUCAGUGCCAUGGAGGACGCCUUUGUUAUACCCUACCACCGCACGACCAGCGCCACCCUGCCUGUCCCUCCCGAUACCCCUAUGACACUUAGGGUGCCAGAGAAAGGCGAAAGAACAGUGAAGGAUAACCCCAAAAGGCGUGGCGGGGUCCCACCCGGAGACGGAGUGGGUAUAACCCCAAUGUAUCGUACCCCUACUACUCAUCUGCCGGAGGAGAAGCCUAAGGAGAUAUCCCCACGCCGAGCCAAGGGUGGGGCAGGGAUGGCGGCCGCCAACAAGCGACAGCAGCCGUCAAAUACUCGAGUCAUAGGGGCGCCAUACAGGUCCGCCGCUACCAAGCUUGCGAAGGACGCAGCUGUCACAAGAAAAACAUUGAGUUUACAGGGGAACACUCAGCGACAGGAGCGACUGGUGCAGGAGAAAACCUCACCUCGGCAGCAGAAGUCGCAGUCGUCCCUUUCUUCCCGUCACGGUAUUCCAGACGGAAUGACUCCCACUGCACGACAAGAGAUGAUCCUCGAGCAGCUUAAAGAGCUUAGAAAGGGGCUGAUGCUGAAACAGCGAGAACUGCAACAAGAUGCGCUAUAAAGGCAUUAUACUUCGCAAACAUAAAAUAUAUUAGAAAAAAUAUUUUAUAGCAUGAACCUGAUUGUAAAUAUUUGACAAGAAAAAUAAGUGCUUAGAUA